AUGUUGCGGCGGCGGCGGCCGGGAAGGCCAAACCUCCUCGUCGGCGCGCGCCCCGGGCGGCGCCGGGCCCCCGGGGGCGGGGCAGGCGCGGGCGAGGCGGGGCCGGCCGGCCGCGGGGGCGCCCUGCGCGCGUCCCCGGAGCAGCCGAGCGCGGCUGCGGUCACGCGCCCGCCCCGCGUGUGUCCCGCGGAGCCCGCGACAGCUGCCGGCCGGGGGCGCCCCCGCGGGGCUGCAGGCUGCUCGGCCGCCAGGCCCUCCCAGCCCGGCCUCCACCGGGAGGCGCCCUGCUCCCGCCGCCGGGCCCCGGGCUCGGCCGUCUCCUCGGCAGCGCACCCGCCCGGACCCCCACCCCCGGGCGCCCGCCCCCAAUGCCCGGCUCCGAGCGCCCCCUGCUACCCCCAGACGCCCGCCCCCCGCGACCCAUCCAGGUCCCCCCCCGCAGUGCCCAGCUCCGAGCGCACCCCGCCCCCCAGGCUCCCGCUCCCCCUCCUGACGCCCGUCCUCACCCCCGUGCUCAGCUCCGAGCGCACCCCGAUCCCCCCAGGCGCCCGCCCCCGCGACCCCUCCAGCUCCCCCACCCCAGUGUUCAGGUCCGAGCGCACCUCGCCCCCCCCAGGCGCCCGCGCCUCCUCCUGGCACACGGCCCGGUGCCCUCCCCCAGUGCCCCGCUCCGAGCGCACCCCGCACCCCAGGCUCCCGCUCCCCCUCCUGGCGCCCGUCCUCACCCCCGUGCUCAGCUCCGAGCGCACCCCGACCCCCCCAGGCGCCCGCCCCCGCGACCCCUCCAGCUCCCCCACCCCAGUGUUCAGGUCCGAGCGCACCUCGCCCCCCCCAGGCGCCCGCGCCUCCUCCUGGCACAUGGCCCGGUGCCCUCCCCCAGUGCCCCGCUCCGAGCGCACCCCGCACCCCAGGCUCCCGCUCCCCCUCCUGGCGCCCGUCCUCACCCCCGUGCCCAGCUCGGAGCGCACCCCGAUCCCCCUGGCGCCCAGCCCCGCGCCCCCCCCAGUGCCCAGCUCGGAGCGCACCCCGCCCCCCUGGCGCCCAGCCCCGCGCCCCCCCCCAGUGCCCAGCUCGGAGCGCACCCCGCUCCCCCUGGCGCCCAGCCCCGCGCCCCCCCCCCCAGUGCCCAGCUCGGAGCGCACCCCGCUCCCCCUGGCGCCCAGCCCCGCGCCCCCCCCCCAGUGCCCAGCUCGGAGCGCACCCCGCUCCCCCUGGCGCCCAGCCCCGCGCCCCCUCCCAGUGCCCAGCUCGGAGCGCACCCCGCUCCCCCUGGCGCCCAGCCUCGCGCCCCCCAGUGCCCAGCUCGGAGCGCACCCCGCUCCCCCUGGCGCCCAGCCCCGCGCCCCCCCCCCCCAGUGCCCAGCUCGGAGCGCACCCCGCCCCCCUGGCGCCCAGCCCCGCGCCCCCCCCCAGUGCCCAGCUCGGAGCGCACCCCGCUCCCCCUGGCGCCCAGCCCCGCGCCCCCCCCCCCAGUGCCCAGCUCGGAGCGCACCCCGCUCCCCCUGGCGCCCAGCCCCGCGCCCCCCCCCCCAGUGCCCAGCUCGGAGCGCACCCCGCUCCCCCUGGCGCCCAGCCCCGCGCCCCCUCCCAGUGCCCAGCUCGGAGCGCACCCCGCUCCCCCUGGCGCCCAGCCUCGCGCCCCCCAGUGCCCAGCUCGGAGCGCACCCCGCUCCCCCUGGCGCCCAGCCCCGCGCCCCCCCCCCCCCAGUGCCCAGCUCGGAGCGCACCCCGCCCCCCUGGCGCCCAGCCCCGCGCCCCCCCCCAGUGCCCAGCUCGGAGCGCACCCCGCUCCCCCUGGCGCCCAGCCCCGCGCCCCCCCCCCCAGUGCCCAGCUCGGAGCGCACCCCGCUCCCCCUGGCGCCCAGCCCCGCGCCCCCCCCCCAGUGCCCAGCUCGGAGCGCACCCCGCUCCCCCUGGCGCCCAGCCCCGCGCCCCCCCCCCCCGUGCCCAGCUCGGAGCGCACCCCGCUCCCCCUGGCGCCCAGCCCCGCCCCCCCCAGUGCCCAGCUCGGAGCGCACCCCGCCCCCCUGGCGCCCAGCCCCGUCUCCCUCCCCCGGGUUCCCCUCUAGGGCUCCUGCGUCCGCGGGGCUCCCGAGCUCCCCUGCCUUCCGAGCUGCGGUCCUAAUUUUGGAGAGAAAGUUUCUUUGA